AUGCGUGCACAUACCGGUCAGAAGCCUUACGGAUGUGCGCAUUGCGGCAAAGCUUUCGCCGACCGAAGUGUCAAAAAACAUGAAUGUUCGAGUUGUGGCAAACUGUUCGCGUUGAAGAGCUAUUUGAACAAGCACAUUGAACUCGUAUGUCCGGCCCAACGAUCAACGAUACGUCUACCGCGAUCGUCUCCGUUGAAUCGGAUUCAGCAUCAUCAUAACGAUUUUCUUGACAUGAAUCAUUUGCAACUGGAACAAUCGCCCGGUGCUGCCGAGCACCAGCUAGGCAUUUAUUCGUUGGCAACGUCUAAUCACUGUAUUGUUUAG